CGGGCAAACCCCUCCAUUUUAAAAACACAAUGUUGAGAAUAGAGUGGUAGUUCACCCCGAAGCUGUGGGGCCAUUGCUCGGGCAUUUGCUCCCCGUGGCCUUAGAGACUCCGCUGAGCCCACGGACUUAGAGAGACCAGAGGCGAGGGAGGCUUGGAACGAAUUCUUCGCGGAACCAUUGAAGCGAGGCCUGUGGGCACACGUGGAGCAAGGGACCGCGGCGGGUCAGGCCAGACUCGCAGCGAUGGCAGCGGGGGCGGCCGAUGCGGGGCUGGGGGUCGCCAUCCCCGUGGAUCUGCGGCGCGAGCGGCGCAUGGUGUGCGUGGAGUACCCGGGCAUGGUGCGCGACGUGUCCAAGAUGCUGCAGACCCUGGGCGGCGAGGAAGGCGUCUCUCGGAUCUAUGCAGACCCCACCAAGAGGCUGGAGCUGUACUUCCGGCCCAAGGACCCCUACUGCCACCCUGUGUGUGCCAACCGCUUCAGCACCAGCAGCCUGCUGCUCCGGAUCAGGAGGAAAGUGAGGCGGCCAGAGGGCGUGCCAGGGCCCGGGGCCCCGCCUGAGGUCACGUUCGCCGUGGAGACCAUCGGGGUCGUCUCCACCGUGUACAAAUUCCAAGGGAUGUCAGACUUCCAGUACCUGGCCGUGCACACGGAGGAGGGCGGCAAGCACACGUCCAUGUAUGACAAAGUGCUCAUGCUCAAACCCGAGAAGGAGGCCUUCUUCCACCAGGAGCUGCCGCUCUGCAUCCCCCCGCCCAUCUUCUCCCGACUGGACACCCCGGCGGACUACUUCUACCGGCCCGAGACGCAGCACCGGGAAGGCUACAACAACCCCCCGGUCUCAGGCGAGAACCUCAUCGGCCUGAGUAGGGCCCGGCGCCUGCACAACGCCGUCUUUGUCAACUUCGAGGACGACGAGGUGCCCGUGCAGCCGCUGGAGCCUGCGGUGCAGACGUGGCGGCGGCUCUGCACCAACCCCAUGGACCAGAAGGUGGAGGAGGAGCUGCGGAAGCUGUUUGAAGUCCGUCCUGUCUGGUCACGCAACGCCGUCAGGGCCAAAAUCAGUGUCCACCCCGACAAGCUCAAGGUCUUGCUGCCCUUCAUGGCCUAUUACAUGAUCACGGGCCCCUGGAGAAGCCUGUGGGUCCGGUUUGGGUACGACCCGCGAAAACACCCGGAGGCCAAGGUUUACCAAGUCCUUGAUUUCCGAAUCCGCUGCGGGAUGAAAUACGGUUACGCCCCCAACGACAUGCCUGUGAAGGCCAAGCGCAGCACCUACAACUACAGCCUCCCGAUCACCGUCAAAAAGACACCCAACCAGGUUGUUACCAUGCAUGACCUGAAGCAGGGUCUGGGGCCCUCGGGGACAGCUGGCAUGCGGAAAUCAGCCUCGAACAAGUAUAAGCUCAAGGACUCGGUCUACAUCUUCCGGGAGAACGCCUUGCCACCCUACCGACAGAUGUUCUACCAGCUGUGUGACCUGAACGUGGAGGAGUUGCAGAAGAUCAUUCACCGCAACGACGGGGUCGAGGAGACCUGCACGGAGCGGGACGGCUGGUGCCUCCCCAAGACCAGCGACGACCUGAGGAACGCCAUGUCCCUCAUGAUCCGGCAGACCAUCCGCGCCAAGAGGCCCGCUCUCUUCUCCAGCCCGGCCAAGGCCGACGAAGACGGAGGGAAGGAGCCGGCGACGUACGAGUCCGGGGAGGACGAGGAGGAGGACGAAGAGGAGGAGGAGGAGGAGGACUUCAAGCCGUCCGACGGGAGUGAGAACGAGAUGGAGACGGAGAUGCUGGACUACGUCUGACACGGCGCGCAGUCGCCGGAGCGGCCCAUGAGGCCCCUCCGCGGGGAGCUGGGGCCCCAGCCCUGGGAGCCGCUGACCCCGGCCUGCCUGUGACCUGCCGCUCAGGCCUGCCGUCCGGCCCUGGCUGCAUGGGGACGUUCCCGAAGGCUGUGCCCUGGCUCCUGCCUCCGGGAGCCAGCCCCGUGUCCGCCUGGCCGAGCCCAGCAAGGCUGGAGGGGGAGCUCUGCAGCUCGGGCGGGGGGUCAGGCUCGGCCUGGGUCUCGUGACUGGCGGCAAGGACAGUGCCAGGAGCCCGGUCUGUGGUCACAGAUGGCAGGAGAUGUCCUUGGGUCUGGAUCCCGCCCUUUUGGGGUGGCCUGGCAAAGACCAGGCCUGCUGGAACUGUCCUCAUUAAAUACAUUUC